UCUGUUGAAAGGAUAAAGUUCAUUGGAUUUCUCUUGCACGGUCCUUUAAAACUUAGGUUCCGUGGGCAGUAGACGCACUUUGCUGUGCUUGGAGUUGUAUGAUUCUUUCAUGUUCUACAUUUGUAAAAUUUUAGUAGUGCCUUUGUGUCAAACAGAAAGAGAAAUCCUACCGAUAUGAAGAUUUGGACGUCGUACCACACUUUUGAGCACCCUUGGGAGACAGUGGUGAAAGCUGCGUGUAGAAAGUAUCCAAAUCCAGUAAACCCGUGUGUUUUGGGCACGGAUGUUGUUGAGAGGCAUGUCAAAGGGGGUAUCCUGUACUCGCACAGGCUCGUCACCAGCGAAUGGCGACUUCCAACUUGGAUUGCACCUUUGUUCGGCCAUCGAGGACCGUGCUACGCCAGCGAAUGGAGCGAGGUGAACCCGGAGACGAGAGAGAUGGUGGUCAGAACAGUAAACGUGAGCCUGGGUAAGCAUGUCUCCGUUGGAGAGGAAGUCCGGUACAAGCCGGACCCCGAAGAUUCCGGGAAAACAUUGUUGACGCAGCAGGCUGUCAUCUCCAUCUCGGGUGUGCCACUGAUCGACCAGCUGGAGAGGCUACUCACCAUGACCAUCGAGCAAAACGCCAAGAAGGGGCGGCAGGCGAUGGAAUGGGUGAUCGAGAAGAUCCAGUCGGACGUGAAAGACAUCGCGUCUUCGGCCGUGAAGUCGACGGACGAUCUGCUGAACCAGACGCGCCGGCAGAUCGACGACAUCACGAACAUUACGAAGCGAGGGAUGGACGACCUGCAGAACGCCGCUAAGAAAUCCUUGGACGACCUGCAGAACCUGACGGUGCCACCGCCGACGCAGUCCAUACCGAAAUUAUAGCUAAUGUUUCACGUUAGCUUCGAUCUCUUUAACUAAACGCCGCGUAGAACCCUUAGAUGGAACGAUUCGACUUCUCGGACCGAAGAUUCUCGAAACAGAAAAAAAAGAGGAAUCGAGUAACGCGCUUGCAACAUCCACAUUGUACCAGCCAUUUAACAUGUUACUCCAUGAAACAUUCCUAUCGGGAUCGGCUGCGCAGGGAGCAAACCGUUCGGUCAUUCGUACAAAUAUUCGGCGCGUCUCCAAACGCUCGUGGAGCAGUCAAAUAUGUUAUCGUCAGGACUUCGCGAAGAACAGAAACUGAAUAUUCGAAGAGUAAACGGUGCAGAGCGGCCGAUCGUUCCGCAGGUGCUGCUUUAGCGAAAGAGAUGCGUUAGCUGCGGGCGGAUAAUUAACUCGAUUUAGCCGAUUUUCAAAGAUACCGCGUUUACCCGGUGGAUGGGCAAACGUUUUGAUAAGAGUGAACCACGAAUCUGCGCCAGUACAGUAUUUGUAUGAUGAUGUGUGUAGGUUACCCUCGUCUGCUGGAUUCAACAGCCCGGCGCUCUCGGGUUCCCGGGCCCUCGCACUAUUCCUAUGCUGCACCUAUCGAAUAACCGAACGCGAUGUACGCAUCGAAAGGAAUCUUUCGAUCGCACGGCGUUCGAUGUUCACCUUGCUCCCUUCCCUGUGUUAUUAGAAGCUUACGUUGCCCGUCCCUAUGUCUGAUCUUGGAGCCUCGGGUUACCAUAUUUAACCCGUUAAGCAGAGGUCGACACAUAUUAACGUUGUAUCCCUCGAUCAUUCUCACGCGCGGCUUCCUAGCGGUAGUCAAAGUAUCCUUAGCGCAUUAAAGGCGGCAUUGUUUCUGAAGCAAGGCCGGAAAUUUUAGAAAAAUGCAGACAAUAAAUUGUUAACCGUCUCGUGAUGUACGUUCAGCGCACCUUUUGUGACGUCGAUUAGCAUAUCCAAGUUUAAAUCCGGCUUAACUCGUCUACGUGCGCUCUCAGGAAAACUGUAAAUAAAUGCAAAAUUACACGAUCAAAUAUAGGUUAAUGUUUGAU